AGCUUGAAGCUUAUCAUUAUAUAUUUGUACCUUUCAUUAGAUUUUUGAUUCAUUCAGCAUUUGGAGACAGACUUUGCAGGCCAGAUUGAGUAUUUGAUAUACAAGACAGAAGACUAGCAAACAAAUUACAAAUGAACUUGGAAGUUGCCAGCAACUUCUAUUAGCAAGGGCGGAGUUUAACAUUCUGUCAUUUUCGAUACAUUCAUAGCUCAGCCUCGUAAUACAUUAUAUGUUACAUCUCUCCAUUCAUUUUCAUGUUUCAUGCUCUAAUUCUUGAAGCCUACUCUGUACAUCGAUGGGAACUCAAGCUCCAUACGACUACAGUUCUUCUGCCACAGGCAAUAUGGAUGAACAACCGGAGAAGCAAGCAAAGAUAGACGAGAAAUUGCAGAGGCAAAAGGAAAUAGAUGACUGGCUUCCGAUUACUUCAUCAAGGAAUGCAAAGUGGUGGUACUCAGCUUUCCACAAUGUCACUGCCAUGGUUGGAGCUGGUGUCCUAAGUCUUCCCUUUGCCAUGUCUAAUCUUGGAUGGGGUCCUGGUGUGGUUAUUCUGAUAUUAUCAUGGGUGAUCACUUUAUUCACAUUAUGGCAAAUGGUCGAGAUGCAUGAAAUGGUUCCGGGAAAGAGGUUUGAUAGGUACCAUGAACUGGGUCAGUAUGCCUUUGGUGAAAAGCUUGGCCUUUGGAUUGUGGUUCCCCAACAGCUCAUCUGCGAAGUUGGCGUGGACAUUGUGUACAUGGUCACAGGAGGAAAAUCCCUGCAGAAGGUUCAUAACAUAGUUCGUAAAGACGAAAAAGAUUCGAUCAAACUCAGUUACUUCAUCAUGAUAUUUGCCUCUGCUCAUUUUGUACUUGCUCAUCUCCCCAACUUCAACUCCAUAUCUGGCGUGUCUUUGGCAGCAGCAGUCAUGUCAUUAAGUUACUCUACAAUUGCAUGGACGGCUUCAGUGCAUAAGGGUGUUCAGGCAGACGUAGACUACGGUUAUAUAGCCCACAAUACAUCAGGAACAGUCUUCAAUUUCUUCAGUGCCUUAGGCGACGUUGCUUUUGCCUAUGCCGGCCACAAUGUGGUUCUGGAGAUCCAAGCAACAAUCCCUUCCACUCCAGAAACCCCAUCCAAGAAGCCUAUGUGGAGGGGAGUAGUGAUAGCCUACAUAGUAGUGGCUUUGUGCUAUUUUCCGGUGGCUCUCAUUGGAUACUACACCUUCGGCAACAAAGUUGAGGACAACAUCUUAAUCUCCUUGGAGAAACCUGAAUGGCUCAUCAUAAUGGCAAACAUGUUUGUUGUUGUCCAUGUUAUUGGGAGUUAUCAGCUAUAUGCAAUGCCAGUGUUUGACAUGAUAGAAACUGUUCUGGUAAAGAAACUAAAAUUCAGGCCAACUACAACUCUUCGCUUCAUUUCCCGCAACUUAUAUGUUGCAUUCACAAUGUUCGUUGGCAUUACUUUUCCCUUCUUUGGUGGACUUCUGGGAUUCUUUGGUGGAUUUGCCUUUUCCCCAACAACAUACUUUCUCCCUUGCAUCAUGUGGCUUGCUAUCAAGAAACCGCGAAAGUUCAGCUUAUCUUGGAUCGUUAACUGGAUUUGCAUUACAUUGGGACUCAUGCUCAUGAUCCUUUCACCUAUUGGAGGGUUAAGGAGUAUCAUACAUCAAGCCAAGAACUACAAAUUCUACAAUUGAAAUUUCUUUGCAAAACAACAGAUUGGUGACCUUGGAAUCUAAUGCAGACAUAUAGAUGCAAGCAUAUGUCACGAAUAAGACAACGAAGACAUACACAAAUAGGUCUCCAUGCAUCUGGCUUGUCUGAAUUCUAAAGCUGAACAUAAAAAUGCAGAAGAGACAUCUCUACGCCUCUUCGUGGAGUUGUUGAUUUUUUUAAUUUUGUGUUGUAUGGGUGUGAUGCAAACAUUACAGAACUUUUACUAUUUUCCUGUAUUUUCAGCAGUAAGGAAAUAGAUAUAUGUGGA